AUUUAACCCGGUUCCUUCAUCAUCUUAAUGCCAUGGGGUAUGUAAAAGAAACUGAUGCCGACCAGUAUACGCCAACCAACUUUACAAAAUCUCUUUACAUACCUAUAAUAAGUGCCAGGUACCCUUCAUUCUCGGGUGGCGUCCUCGCUUCGAAUAUCAAAUUCCACGAGUACAUAAAAAGGGCUAGGCCAAUCCUCCCUACGGCGAUCUUUUCAACCUUCAUAUGGCCGGAUAUCGCCAGGGGCGAGUAAGUUGGAUGGACCCUCAGUUCUUCCCAGUUUAGGAGAAGCUCGUCGAUGGGGCAGAUCCGCGUAAGGAAGCCGUGUUCUUAGUCGAUAUUGGGGGUUCUAUUGGACACGACAUGGAGGAAUUAUUAACUAAACAUCCGUCUGUACCCGGCCGUCUUGUAUUACAAGAUUUGCCAGCUGUGCUUCAACAAAUCAAUACUCUAGAUGAGCGGAUGGAGCACAAUUUCUUUGAAGAACAACCUAUUAAAGGCAACCAAUUCGGUAAUUAUGCGUCGUGUUUGAUUAUCACUAACUUCUGGGUAUUUCUAUUCAGAUAGUAGGGCUUAUUACAUGCACUCGGUCUUACACGACUGGCCUGAUGAGCAAUGCGUUGAAAUUUUAACUCAACUUUGCAAGUCUAUGGAACCAGGAUAUAGCAAGAUGCUCAUUAAUGAAAACGUAAUCCCGCCACAGCAUACAUACUGGAAAGCUACAGCUCUCGAUAUCAUUAUGAUGACCGGCUUUUAAUCUAGAGAGAGAACGAAACACGAGUGGGAAGAUCUACUCGGGGCGUCUGAACUACGUAUUUGCAACGUUUGGACUGUCGAUAAUGGAAUUGAAAGUCUCAUCGAGUGCGAAUUAGAUACGAAAUAGCUUUCUUAAUACUUGCCUACUGCUAGUUAUUUUAUAUACGUGCGAUAUCUAUGAUUAGCCAAGGCUUUUAGAUCAUUUAUCCCGUAUUGACUUCUUGUUAGUUAAUU